AUGGCUACUGUCAUUAAUAGGAUGACUGAUAUUCUAGAACGAUUAGCUGAGAGACGGGGGGCAGAGCCACUUAACCAACUCGGGGGCCAGGAUAGAGGGGAAGAUAGAGCUUUGGAGAGAUUCCUUAAAUUCAACUCGCCUAAGUUCACUGAUGAGCCUGAUCCUGAGGUAGCGGAGAAUUGGUUAGAAAGAAUGGCUAACAUUUUCGCCGCCCUAGAUUAUGCGGAGGAGAGACGAGUGACUUUUGCUAUCUUUCAAUUUGAGGGUGCAGCACGUGCUUGGUGGGAUAUGAUAAGGGGAAAAUGGGAAAGAGCACAAACUCCUUGGACCUGGGAAAACCUUUUAGGAAAAUUUAAUGAAAAGUUUCUUCCGCCCUUGGUUCAAGAGAAAUGGGAGGAUGAAUUCAUAAAAGUGAAGCAGGGGGCGUCUAGUGUGGCCGAGAAUGAGGAAAAAUUUACUAAACUUUCUAGGUACGCCCCAGAAUUGGUAGCCACUGAGAGGAGAAAGAUAAGGCAAUUUGUACAGGGACUUAACGUGGAGAUUCAAGAGGGGUUAGCAGCGGCCCAAAUAUCUACUUUCACCGAAUCCCUAGAGAAGGCGCAAAGAGUCGAAAGUGCAAGACUGCAAGUUAAGGAUUUUCAUGCCAAGAAAAGGGGCACUUCUAGUCAUCCUCUUGGACAAGCAGAUAAGGGUGCCCCACCUUCUAAAAAGAAAAAAGGAACGGGAGGAGUAGAGACAUUUAGUACACAAAAAAAGACUCAAUCAAGAGAAGGCCACAAUGGACGAGAUCAACCGAGGGUGACACCUCCAAGUGGUCAGCCUGUGGCUCCUCAAGUUAUUUGUGGUUAUUGUCGCAAGUCUAAUCAUACAGAGAAUGAGUGCUGGAAGAAAUCAGGAAAGUGUUUGUAUUGUGGCAGCACCGAACAUCAGAUCGCGAACUGUCCGAGUAUACCGAAAGAAGGAGAUAGUACUCAAAGGCUUGAAAAGUCAGCCGCAAAGCAGUCUAGUGCUGGAGGAAGUCGAUCUAAAGCACCAGUUAGGGUUUAUGCAUUAGGCUAUCAACAAGUUUCCAAUCUCGCUAAGGUCAUUGAAGGUAUGAUUCUUGCUUCCUAUUGUUUAAUUAAGGUUCUAAGUGACCAUAGUACGACACACACUUUUACAAAACUCUAG